CCAGUACUUUCUCGUCCAGCCUCGUCCCUGCCAGCCGCGACCUCAAGCCCCCACCCACCAAGAUCUUCGAGCAAGUCAAUCACGAGUCACCAAUCGCCCCCGCUGGACAAGAACUACGCACUAUGCUCCAAAGCAAAAAAGUUGAUGAAAUACAAGCCAUACUGGCAGAGAGGUCAGCCGAUCUUCCCCUCUGGAUCAAGAAGAUUGCCGAAGAAGAGAUGGAUAAGAAGAUGCAUCAUGAUCUUGAUGUGCUCAAGAACUUCUUUUGAUAUGUGGAGCUCUUGCAUAUCCAUGGUGGACGAAACGUGCUUGCCUGGGAGAUAAGCAUGGGGAUAAGGAGAGUGGAUGGAAUGGGAUUUUCGUAAUGGGAGAGCGAGGGAGGGACAUGAUUACUGAUAGAUUGAGGGACCAGGCAAAUAACCUCGGAAUGGGCAAAUCUCUGGUGACAGAAGUUUCUGACGGAUGUCCGAAGCAAGACGGCAGAACCGAAAGAUCGCGCCGCCACGGACCAAAGCGAUCGCAGAUCUCGUACUCAGAUCCGUUCCCGUUUAACGACUCUUGCCAUAUCCGAAGAUAUCAGCGUUAUAGCUUGCGGUUCCCAUCUCCGUUUACUCUUGUCACUCACGGGGCCUUGAUAAUCAACAAUUCAUACUCGCCCGCACUUCAUCCAUCAACAAACACUUCCCUCCACGCACCUCGCUCUGCGGUUGUGUUUCCACGAACCCAACACCGCGUCGCCACGGGCCAAAGCGACCGCAUCCUUUUGCUCGAAUCUAUUGAAGACAUCAAAAUUUGUCCACACAAACCCGUCUCGUCAAACUCCACUCUCUUGUCACAAUUCCAAGCACAGAUCCCAGGCAGAAGCUCUCUCGAUUGGGUAUCCUUGCCAUUGGAACAUCAACUUGUCGAUGUCAUCAACCUUUGCUCUUCGCAAAUUGCGCGCGCCGCCCCUCUUCGGACACAAAGCUUGACUGCCAGAUUGACUAUGUCGCAAGAACUUCAAGUUGAGGUCAAAGACUUUGUUAAGGGUCUCUACGACAAACUGUGCAAGUCGCAUGGUGUCACUCCUACUGUACACGAAGUACAGAUGAUCAGAAGGUCCAUCGGCGCCCUUAGCAAAAACAAGCUGUCUUUUGUCGAACCUGCUUUGUUGUUCUUUCUUCCUAUGUCAUCACUUAAGCACGAGAUGGAUUCUCUCUUGAUCGGAUGGAUCGAUCAAUCGGACGGCUCAAAGAAGGGCAUCUGGUUCAAGUUGUUCGAGAACUAUUCAAGGGUCUACAAUCAGUGUGGCGGUCCCAUUGGGUCGCUGCAUACACCUGGAAGAUACAGUCGCACCGUCCAGUACGCAUACUUUGCGACUAUAUUAGUGAUCCUGAGAUCGAAAACUCCACCACCAUCCAUCGAGAACAGACUUUCGCCAGUCACCGAGGACCAAAAGCAGCUAGACGGUGAGAACAGGAGAUUGUCGUCGAUUGGCAAUCUGAGAGGGACAAAAAGCAGAAGGAGAAGACGCCUUGUGAGAGCAAGCGAGAUUGCAACCAUUGACCUCACAGGCUCCGACAGCGAGCAGGAUGUCGAGCCCCAAUCUGAGCUGAAGCCCGAACUGACCUCUUCUCCACUUCGACGUUCAGGAGCUCAACUUGAGCAUUUCUCCACCAUGACACAGCUUGAACCGAAGCCACCAUCACCAGAGAACCAGUACACGAUAUCUCAUGCGGAUGAAGAGGAAGAUGAAGGAGAAGAUGAUGGAGAGGGGGAAGAAGUCCCAACUUCACCUACCAAUCAAGAUCUCCCCUCUCAAAUCGCACAACAGACGAAGGAACUGCGGGAGAUGGUAAAGGCCAAGCCAGUCAAGGAAUUGAGAGCUAUUCUGUCCCAGCAAACAGGCAGUCUACCAUCCUGGAUUGAGGAGCUCGUCAGAGAAGAGUUGGACCAAAAGACGCUUCGAGAGCUUAAGUCGGCCAAGAAUUGGCUCCGUUGA